AUGAAAAUGAAUUUAAAGAUGACAACUGAAAUAAGAUUUUCCAGUAGAAUGCAGUUUUAUUCAAAUUUUGCCUCUAUUGGUUUUUUUUUUUCACUAACCAAUGAAAUAGCUCCUUCUAAUACAUCCACCAAAUUUGAUGUGAGCUGUAGCAGCUUGUACAUAGAUUCGGAAGUAAUUUUAGCUAAAUUUCGUAUGCUCUGUAGGCAAAUUUGUGGGAAAAAGAAAAAAUUUUCUUCUUCCAGACAAGAUUAUGGAAAGCAUGCAGAAGGAAAUGGUGAAAUCAGAUAA